AUGAGUACCGAGAAGAGCAACGACAUCGAGGCUCACGCCACUGCACCAGCUACCCGUCCCGAUAACGUCUCCGACCUCAAGCAUGAGCACGAGCAACAGCAUUUAGGAACUCUGAAUCGUGACCUCAAGUCCCGCCAUAUACAGUUCCUCGCUUUGUCGGGAGCUAUAGGAACUGGACUGUUUGUGGGCAGUGGGCAAGUCAUAUCGUUGGCCGGACCUCUGUCUGCCUUCCUAGCCUAUGCUAUCACGGGUGCCAAUGUUUUCUGUGUCGUUCACUCCUUGGGCGAGAUGGGAACUUAUCUUCCCGUCCCAGGAGCCGUUCCCACCUUCGCUACCCGCUACGUGGAUCCUGCUCUAGGAUUCGUACUCAGCUGGAACUAUUGGUAUCAGUUGGCUAUCGGAGUGCCAAUCGAAGUGACAGUCAGUGCGUUGAUCGUAGGCUACUGGCCGAAUUCCGUUCAUGUUGGAAUCUGGAUCACAAUCUUCUGGAUCCCGAUGGUCAUCAUAAAUUUAUUCCCCGUACGAUUUUACGGCGAGGCUGAGUUCGUUUUCGGCGCCAUCAAAAUCACGACCAUCAUCGGCCUGAUCAUCCUUAUGCUCAUCAUCACAUGCGGUGGCGCACCCAACGGCGACGCAAUCGGCUUCCGCUACUGGCGCAACCCGGGCGCAAUGAAUGAGUAUCUGGUCGACGGUGCGCUCGGCCGGUUCCUGGCCUUCUGGAAGGUCUUCAUCCAGGCCACCUUCUCUUACGGUGGCAGCGAAAUGGUUGUCGUGGCAGCCGGCGAAGCUGAGAAUCCGCGCCGCAACAUCCCCAAAGCCAUCCGCCGCGUCUUCUGGCGCAUCCUGAUCUUCUACGUCCUGGCCAUCUUCCUUGUUGGCCUCUGCGUCUCCAGCGAGGACCCCCGCCUCCUCAACGCGAUCGAUUCCGGUGCCGCUGGCGUGGCCGCCUCGCCAUUCGUCAUCGCCAUCCAAAACGGCGGCAUCAGCGCCCUCCCCAGCAUCAUCAAUGCCGUCGUCCUCACCUCGGCCUGGUCCGCCGGCAACGCCUUCUUCUACGCCUCCACCCGCGUCAUGUACGCGGCGGCCCUGGACGGCAAAGCCUUCUCCAUCCUCAAAUACGAACGCUUCGGCGUGCCCUACCUCUGCGUCCUCGCCACCUCCCUGAUGGGCCUCCUCAGCUACCUGAACCUCAGCGCCUCGGCCUCGGAAGUCUUCUUCUGGAUCUCCAACGUCUCCUCCGUCUCCACCCUGCUGGUCUGGACCUCCAUCUGCGUCACGUACCUGCGCUUCCACGCGGGCCUCAAACACAACAACAUCCCCCGCUCCACCCUCCCCUGGGCGGCCCCUUUUCAGCCAUACCUCGCCUGGUUCAGCAUCUGCUUCUGCAUGACCGUCGCCCUCUUCAACGGCUACGACUGUUUCUUCCCCGGGCGGUUCAGCGCCAAGACCUUCGUGCCGCCGUACAUCAAUAUUCCGAUCUUUGUGGCGCUGUUUGUCGGGUACAAGGUAGUGAAGCGCACCAGGUUUGUGCGCGUGCAUGAGAUGGAUUUGUGGAGUGGAAAGGCCGAGAUCGAUGCGUUGGAGGGGACCUGGACGGUGCCGGUGCCGAGGAAUUGGCUGGAGAGAAUUUGGCUCUGGUUGGCUUGA